AUGCACAACAAUCCUACAGUACGAGUCCAUGUUCAUGGAAACCCUUCCUCAGCAGGAAAAGUCAAAAUGACGAAAAGCCACGAACAGGCCCCAGUAGAAGACACUACCGAUUUUAUCCGAGUCAAACAGAAAGACCAAGUACCAAUUCUUACAUUUUGGCAAGCAGUAGAGCCAUAUUUUCGCCCUUUAGCUGAAGCAGAUAGAGAAUUUCUGCUGGAAAAGGGAGACAAUACAACACCUUACAGUAUACCUCCACUUGGCCCAUAUUAUGCCGACGUUUGGGCAGAAGAUGAUGCUUCGAUUGGUAACCGGCAAAACUCUCCUCACACUCGCAACGAAUCCUCCUCUUCAUCCUCUUCAUCCUCGUCGUCUUCUUCCACAUCUUCUGCUUCUGCUGUUAAUGCUGCGGCUAAUCGUGCUACUGGUGUUGCAUCUGGACUGAAGCUAAGAUACCUUCCUCCCAACCGACCUCUGACCGGCGAUUGUCUAUUAAACAAUAACCUGAGCUGUGGGCGUUUGACAGAAAGGCUACUAAGCAGCUUGGUAAAGGAGGAGCCGCUGAAUGAACAAGCAUUGGAAAAUAUUAAGGCAGAAGAAUGCCUUGAUUGGUCGUUUUCUCAGUCAUACCACCAAGAACUAAAGACUGAACUAUUGACAUAUCCGCCUGAACAGGUAGUUAUGUUUGAGGAGCGGCUUAAACGGGAAUUGCGCUAUGCAGGUCUGUUCAGUGAAGAUGAUGCAACAGAUUGGUAUACAAUGGAAGACGAUCAAAUAUGCGCCGAGCUUCGGCAACUGGGUAGAGAGCUCAAGGAACAGUCAAGGAUAAACGAGUUCCGUAAAAAGAGAUUACUACAAGUUGUGGAUCAGCAACUCCAGUAUGAGCAAUAUCGACAAGUCUUGGAUACACUGGAUACCCAAGUGGAGCAAUGCUAUAUGAAACGAUUCCGCACACAAAAAUCAAAGAAACGAAAGGCUGGAUCAACACCAAAGGCUACUCUGUCAGAAAAUGCAGUAUAUGCGAUGGAGAAACGAAGGAAAUGGACUACUGCAUUGGGCCCAAUCUUCGGCAAGAAGAAUUGUGUAAUGCCAACCGUAUCUAUUUAUGAGGAUCAAUCUGAAGAUGGACUUGGAAAUGGACAAAUUUGA